CCCGCCCACGCUCUUUUUGUUCUCCCACCUUUUCCUUUUGUUCCUCCCCCUCUUGACCACUCCUCCCCUCCCCACCACCACCAUUGCCCGAGUGAGAUCUCCUCCCUUUAAGUACACACAGAGAGAGAGAGACGUACUAUAUCCAAGCUAUAUUGCUCCUCGGUCUUGUAGGGUUGGUUCUUGGCAUUUGGCUCGAGGACUGGAUGCAAACAGGCAGUUGAUGCUUCUUGGCAGCUGCAGGGAGGUGGUACUACUAAAAAACGUGAUGCGUCUUCAGGGGGGUCACAUGCGCAUGGCGAACAGAUAAGGAAGGGCACGGUGAACUCAGCCGUGUUUGGUGCCCGCAUUUCCCCUGCCUAGGCGGUGGAGCUAGCACAACUGAAGAACCGAGCCAAGAUCACGGGAAGAGCUGUGCGAGCGAGCGAUCGGUCGGCUAGCUCGAUCGCCAUGAGCAGCUUCGCGGGGCAGCAGUCAAGGCCGUGGACGGGGGACGCCGCCGCCGCCACCCCGUCGGGCGACGCGCGGGACGACGGCGCCUCCUCCAUGAAGGACCUCGGGUCCUCCACCAACGCCAGCGCCAUCUCAUUCGGCUUCGCCGCCACCGCCAUCCUCGUCGCCAUGUUCCUCCUCAUGGCCAUCUUCGAGCACCUCAUCAAGCCCGGCUGGGCGGCCUCCCGGGGCUCCCGCGACGACGGCGACGGCGACGCCCACGGGCGCCGCGCCCAGCCGUCGCACUCGCACCCCGGCCGGCACCCGCGCGACCAAGGCUCGCCGGAGAAGCUCGCGCCUCCGCCCAAGAUGGAGGCCGUGGCGGCGGCGCCGGACCUGACGGUGGUGAUGCCGGGGCAGCGGUACCCGACGUUCCUGGCGCAGCCGGCGCCCCUCCUGCUUCCUUGCACGAGAGAAGGCGUGCGUUGGCCGCCGCACCAUGACCAUCGCCGCUCCUUUCUGCCGCCAUGACUGUCUUCGGCGCGGAUACGUGCGUGCCUAUCAUGUUUGCCUGUAAUCUGUAUAGAGCUAGAGCGAGGGUAUGGUGAGAAACGCCGGAGCUGCUGGUAUGUGCGCGAUGGAAAAUGCUGGACUGAUGGUAGAUGAGCAGCAUUCAAUUCAUGUAUAGUUAGGCCCUGUUCGGAGGUACUCCGCUCCCGAGCUCCACUUCCGGAGCAGGUGGAGUCGUAGUUGAAAUUUGUGGAGCGGCGGUUUACCAGCUCCACAACUCUCAGGAUUUCUAGGAGCUGGGAGGUUUCCGAACAACCCCUUAGUCUCGCCUCUGGGUCGAAUGCCGUUCUUCAUGUUAUGAUCUUCCAUCUGGAUGAGUGGCAUUCUUCUAAUCUGA